AUGUCAACACAAUCCAACAAGGACGAGCCCUUCCCAUGGCACCUCGGAGUCUACGACGCACACUGCCACCCCACAGACACCAUGUCGAGCAUCGAAACCAUCCAAAACAUGAAAGCGCGCAUCCUCACCGUAAUGGCAACCAGAGCGGAAGACCAAGAACUCGUCUUAGCCACCGCAAAUAAGCACAGCAUCCGAUCGGCCAACCCAUCCCAAUGGACAAAAGAAGAAUGCAUCGUCCCCUGCUUCGGCUGGCAUCCUUGGUUCUCGUAUCAAAUGUACAUCCCCGAGCCCGACUCCAAAGGCGAAGAUGAACAACAAGACCAAGGUCCCCUAACCGGCCAAGCAAAAAUCUCCCACUACCAAUCCGUCCUACAACCCCACCGCGCAGACCCCAGCCCAGAAGACCUCCAAACCUACGCCUCCCUCCCCGACCCAACACCCUUCUCCUCCUUCCUCGCCCUCACACGCCAACACCUCCUCCAGCACCCCUUCGCGCUAAUCGGCGAAAUCGGACUCGACCGCUCCUUCCGCAUCCCAGAGUCCUGGACCGGCAACCCCGAUCUGUGGGCAAAGCGCAACAGUAAUCUCACGCCUGGAGGCCGCGAAGGAAGGCGGCUGACGCCUUUCCGCUGUAGUCCUGCGCACCAGAAGGUUGUUUUUAGAAAACAGCUUGAUCUUGCGGCGGAGAUGGGCAGGGCGGUUAGUGUGCAUGGGGUGCAGGCUCAUGGGCUGGUGUUGGAGGUGCUGGCUGAGACGUGGAGGGGGUGCGAGAGGCUGGUUUUGAGUAAGAGGGAGAGGAAGAAGAGGGGGAGGGAUCAUCCGGGUGCGGAGGCGGCGCUGGAGGCUGAUGAGGUGGGUGAUGGCGAUGAUGGUGCUGCUGCUGCAAAAGACGACAGCCCAAAACCGUACCCGCCGCGCAUAUGUCUACAUUCAUAUUCUGGUUCGCCCUCAAAUUUUGCGCAGUAUCUGCGCCCUGAGAUUCCUUGUAAGAUCUUUGCUUCGUUUAGUACGGCGAUUAACCUGUCGGAUGUACUCGACGAGGAGGAAACGCCGCAGGCUUUUCAGGAUAUUAUUAAGAUGGUACCGGAUGAUAUGUUGUUGGUGGAGAGUGAUUUGCAUACUGCGGGGGAUGAGAUGGAUAGGAGGUUGGAAGAUAUCAUACGGAGAAUAUGUGGGAUCAAAGGAUGGGGGUUGGAGGAGGGUGUGAAGAGGCUGGGGAGCAAUUGGAAGGCCUUUGUUUUCGGUGAGGGCUGA